AUGAAUGUUCAACCGCAGUAUCAGACUGAUCAAUAUGAGAAUCCCUAUCAUCUCCAUAGUGCGGAUCACGCAGGACUCGUUCUUGUUUCUGAUCGUCUUGUUACUGCUUCGGAUUUUCCCUCUUGGCGUCGCUCGAUGUGGAUGGCUCUUAAUGUCCGCAAUAAGCUUGGAUUCAUCAAUGGUACGAUCUCGAAACCUCAGGAAGAUCAUAGAGAUUUUGGUGUAUGGUCUAGGUGCAAUGAUAUUGUAUCCACUUGGUUGAUGAAUUCUGUUGAUAAGAAGAUAGGUGCGAGUUUGCUUUUCAUUCCUACUGUAGAAGGGAUUUGGAAGAAUAUACUGUCUAGGUUUAAGCAAGAUGAUGCACCUAGGAUUUUCUCUAUAGAACAGAAACUUAGUCAGAUCGUUCAAGGAUCAAUGGAUGUCUCUACAUAUUAUACGGCUUUACUUACUUUGUGGGAAGAACAUAAGAACUAUGUAGAGCUUCCUGUUUGCACAUGUGGUCGUUGUGAGUGUGAUGCAGCUGUAAAAUGGGAAAGGUUGCAACAACGAAGUCGUGUGACCAAGUUCUUGAUGGGCUUGAAUGAAGGUUAUGAUCAAGCUAGAUGCCAUUUACUAAUGCUCAAGCCGAUACUUACUAUUGAAGAGGCUUUUAACAUGAUCACACAGGAUGAACGACAGGUUGUAGUUAAACCGACGACUGGUAUUGAAAGUGUUGCUUUUCAGAGUGUUGCUUCUAUGAAUGAGGCUGAGAGUGCCUAUGUUGCUGCCUACAAUACAGGGAGGACUAUACAGAAACCUAUUUGUUCUCAUUGUGGUAAAGUUGGACACACUAUUCAAAAGUGUUACAAACUCCAUGGAUUUCCACCAGGAUAUAAGACUAAUGCUGCAGGAUACAAUUACAGACCUCCAACGAUGCCAAAUCAGUUUCAGCCUAGGAUGCCAACGAUGCAGUCUCAACCACAGAUGUCUCAAAAUCCUAAUCAAAUGGUGCCAUAUGCGAAUUCUAUGCAAAAGGCAAAUGCAGUGGCUCAGGUUUAUUCUGAGACUGGAACGUUUCCAACUGAAGAUGUGUCGUAUGGUUAUGUUUCUAACCAAUAUCCGCAGUUCAUGGUUCCUAAUGGUGUUCCUUCAAGUUUACAAGGUUUUACCCCACAGCAAAUUGAUCAGAUGGUUUCUCAAUACAAGGGUCAAGUUCAUGUUCAAGAGCCUAUAGCUUCGUCUUCUGGUUCUAGUAUCCCUAGUGCUAUGGCUACAAUCUCUGAACAUGGUUUGAUGGCAGCAACUUGUACCUCUGAUAGUGGCGCUUCUAAUCAUGUUUGCUCUAAUCUAGCUUUGUUUACAGACUUACGACCUGUUACAGAUAUUACUGUGACAUUGCCAAAUGGUACUAGGGAACUUUCUCAGGGCUUGAUGAUUGGGAGGGGUAGAGUCUUUCAAGACCUUUACAUUCUAGCUACUAAGAAUACUUCCCUCUCGCCAUCUUUUCCUGCAGCAUGUUCUUUCUCUGCUUCUGUGGUCACUGAUGAUUCUCUCUGGCAUCAACGUCUCGGACAUCCGUCGCAUCUAGUUCUUCAGAAACUUGUUAGUUUGAUUCCUUCAUUGAAGAAUUCUUCUUUGUCUUCGCAUUGUAGUAUUUGCCCUUUAGCUAAACAGAAAAGACUGGCGUAUGUUUCGCAUGGUAAUAUAGCUGAUAAACCUUUCGAUUUAGUCCAUCUUGAUAUAUGGGGUCCUUUUAGUAUUGAGUCUGUAGAAGGUUUUCGUUAUUUUCUUACUUUGGUCGAUGAUUGUACUCGUACUACAUGGGUUUAUCUCUUAAGGAAUAAAAAGGAAGUUAAUACAGUUUUCCCAGUUUUUCUUAAACAUGUUAAGACACAAUAUGAUAGCAUUGUUAAGGCCAUACGAUCUGAUAAUGCACCAGAAUUAGCAUUCACUGACAUUAUUAAAGAACAUGCAUUUCUCAUAAAUCGCAUGCCUCGUCCUGUCUUAGCUAACAAAUCGCCUUAUGAACUGUUGCUUACAAAAUUGCCAGAUUAUAGUUUGCUUAAAAGAUUUGGUUGCUUGUGUUAUGUUUCGACUAAUCCUCAUGAACGUAAUAAGUUUUCUCCUCGAGCUAGACCAUGUGUUUUUCUACGGUAUCCAGUUGGUUAUAAGGAAUAUAAAGUCAUGGAUUUAGAGUCUAAUGCUAUUUCUAUAUCUAGGAAUGUUGUGUUUCAAGAAGAUGUUUUUCCUUUUAAGACUAGUUCUUUAUUGUCAUCUGCAGUAGUUAUGUUCCCUAAUUCCAUUUUACCUCUUCCUGUUCCAUUGCAUUUUGUUGAAAGCAUGCCUCUCAUUGAUGAAGAUUCAUUAGUUCCUACUCUACCAUAUGCACCAUCAUUAGCGCAUGAUCAUGGUACCAUUCCGGCUGACACUGCAUCUACAUCUGUUACAGAUCAUACUUCUGUAUCUAGCGUUAAGCCAAAGANGGGUAUCCAGUAG